UGCUGAAAUACUUUCUGGCUUUCAGAUAUGAAUUAUUGAACCAAAAUCAUUUUCCUCCCCUCUGGAGCUCCAGGGAAAAACCUGACCAGAGGUUUGAGUUUUAGUCUCUAAGGUCAGCAGCUUCCUGUUGCUUUAUAAUUAAAUGGGUCAUUAGCUGGAUUCUGUGGAAUUCUGGGUAAUGUAGUCCUGCUGCAGCAGAGGAACAUCUCAGACAUGCAUGGGGUCAGAGGUCAUGGGGUGUCAGUGUGUUUCAUGAGAGUUAAAAAACAAAAACAGCUCAGAGGAGUCCAGCUCUGGUUGUGACUGAUGCUGCAGGUUCUGGUUCUGGUUCUGGUUCAGCCUGGUUCUCUGGUCCAGAGGAACGUGAAGCUGAUCAGUUGAGUCCAGUAGUUUGAUUUGAUCUCAGACCUCACCUUCCCUCCAGGUGAAGCAGUCCUGUCCUGCUCAGGCUCUCACCUGUAGCCCCGCCCACUCACAGCUCCGGCCAGUAGAAAAACGGUGUGACUGUGACAUCACUUGUUAACUGGCAGAGUUCAGCUGAGGCUGCUGAUUAAAUGUUGAUGCAUUAUAUUAUAUUUCUCUGAGAAAAGCCAUUUUUCUCAUUUCUCUCUGUAAAACCUGGACUGGAUCAAAGUUAGGACUGGACUGAAUUUUGUUGUUUCUUAGUAAAAACUGAAUUGGAUUUGUGUGAAAACUGAACUGAACCCUGUGAAGAUACUUGAUUACUGUCCAUGAUUAAAAUGUCCUCAUUGUUUGUUGUUUUUAUGUGUUUUUAUUUAUGAUUUGUUUUUUUGCUGCUGUGACACAUUUAGGUGAUAAAUGUGGGUUGAACAGAAAAUCAGCACAGGAAGAGGGUGGGCUCAGACUUCACUGAGUUUCUAGUAAAAAAAACUUAAAACUGCUCAAUGAGUCAGAGCUGCAAUGACGGAAACAUCGUUUCACUGUCUGACCUUCUUGACCUACUUGCAGGUUUGUCCAACCAUUCAAGCUGCUCUGACUGUGAUUCCCAGCAGAUCUCAGUUCUUUAUCAGAGAAUCAGUGACUCUGAUCUGUGAGGAUAAAAACAGACCUGAUGGAUGGACUGUGAGGAGAAACACAAGCAGAGGAACCAGGAACCGAUGUGGAGAUGGAUGGGGGAAAUUAAAUGGUUCUACCUGCAGCAUCAGAACCUUGUAUCCAUCAGACACUGGUCUGUACUGGUGUGAGUCCAUGUCUGGAUCCUCCAGCAGCAGCAGCAGCAUCCAGCUCUCUGUCUCUGGUGGAUCAGUGAUCCUGCAGAGUCCUGUCCUCCCUGUGAUGGAGGGAGAUGACGUCACUCUGAGCUGCACAGUAAGGAAAUGGGAUUCAAAUUAUUUUUCUGUUUCAGACGAACCCUCCUUCCCUUCUACCCAAACUCCCCUUGCUGCCCAGGCCUCCUCCUCUCUUCUUCUCUACGUGUUGUUGCCUCUUGCGUCUCUGUUUGUUCUGAUUAUCUUCGUUUUUCUGGGACGGCGCCUUUGCAACAAGUCAAGAGAUCAGAAAGAACUGAUGAGCGACGGCAGCGAGACCUGCAACCACGUCACAACAUCAGGUGGUCAUGAGGAGAACCAGAGGAGAAAAGAGAGCGAUUCAGCUGCAGUCGACUCAACAGUGAGACGACAAGACAGCAGUUAUGGAGAAAUAUUCAUCAAACAUAUGCAUCACAAGUCAGACACAACAGAGAGCGACUCAGCUGUGAUUUAUUCAGCUGUCAGAACAGACCGAUAAUCAGAGAAAACAGAAACAGAGCCACAUCAUCUCCUCCUCACUGAGAAAAUCUGCUGAAGUUCUGCUGCAGAAGUUAGAUUCUUCCUCUUGCCUUCAGCAAGCCGUAGAUCUCCGGAGCCAAAUCAUCAUCAUCACCUGACAUGAUGAUGAAGCGUCUGCUGCACGUCUUCCAGCUCACUGACAAACACAGAGACGUUUGUCCUGCUGGCUGGAGGCCUGAGAGACACAAUCACACCGACGUGGAGAAGAAGAAGAAGAAGAAGAGCAAAGCAGGAAAUCCCAAGAUCUUCUGUCAGCAGAUUGUUCUUGUUUCUGGAUUGGAGGUUCCCUGUGAAAGACUACAGAUCUGAUCCACUAGAACAAACUGAUCUGCUUCCUCUUCAGGUUUUAUCCUUCUCUGUUCAGGCUGCAGUUGAUGGAAAACCUCUUAGUUUCACUGAAACUAGUUUAGUUUUACUCCUUUUUUGUUUUUCAGAAUGUGAUAUUUUUCCUUUGCUGUCAUUUGCUACCAUCUCUAUUAAAACUGUAGAGAAAAUAAAAAGUUAAGAUUCUUUAUGAGAAACUGAGAAUGUUUCCAGCUGCAGUACCAGAGUCAGCCAGCAGGGCGCACACCAUGACUCUCCAAUAGUUUCUGUUUGUUUCUGAGCUUUUUAUUAUAAUCUGGCUGAUUGUGGAAGAAUUAAACACAUUAAAUAAAAUAAAGAUAAUACUUUGUUUAUUUCAAUCCCAUCAAUCAGCAGGUUUAUUGAUGGAUUAUUGAUCCUCUGGUUGAUCAGACAUGAUGCCUUUAACUCACUGAUGGUUGAUGGUGAAAACAUGAAGGACUCUUAAAGCUGCAGCUGGAGCUCAGAGGAAACCAACUGGAU